CUCCCUCGAGGAAGCGGCACGUUUCUGCGGGAGGACGCGACUGGAGCAAGCAGCGGGGACUCAGCUUCUCGCCCAUCUUCCUGGAGCGGCAGGAUGAAAGACCGGUUAUGUGAACUGUAUGAGCUAGCUAGGCUUUAUAACCAACAGUUUCCUAACAAUGAAGAUGAUGAGAGUUUACCUCAUGAAACCCUCCUGUUUGAGACUGAUUAUGCCCUCGCAGCUCUUUACAAAGAUAUCCAGAGUAUCCGAACAGACAACCUGCACCUGAAAGAGGACGUCAAACGGCUAGGUAAACAAAGUAAUCGCUUUCUUACCUCCAUGCGCCGUCUUAGUAGUAUCAAACGAGAUACUAACAGCAUCGCCAAAGACAUCAAGGCCCGCGGAGAAGGCAUCCACAGGAAACUCCAGACAAUGAAAGACUUCAAUGAAGAUGCAGAAACAAAACAUGGCACGAUGUCUGUCAUAACCCGUGUAUCAAAGAAUCACUAUGUUGACCUCAUGCAUGCCUUUCAGGAAGCCAUGUUUGAGUACAAUGAGGCAGAGAUGAACCAGCGGGAGAACUGCAAGAUUCGGAUCCAGAGACAGCUGGAGAUCAUGGGCAAGGAUGUUUCCGGAAACCAGAUUGAAGACAUGAUUGAGCAAGGCAAGUGGGAUGUUUUCUCAGAAAAUCUCCUGUCUGAUGUCAGAGGGGCUCGUGCAGCAUUGAAUGAGAUAGAGACGCGACACAAAGAGUUGAUGAAGUUGGAGAGUCGCAUCCGGGAGGUUCAUGAGCUCUUUCUGCAGGUGGCACUACUGGUGGAGCAACAGGCCGACACCUUUGACAUCAUUCAACUGAAUGUGGAAAAAGUUGAGGACUAUGUAGGAGAAGCUAAAUGUCAGGUGAGGAAAGCUUUGGAAUACAGGAGGAAACACCCUUGUCGAACACUCCUCUGCUGUUGCUUUUCAUGCUGCAAAAGCUGAUUCUCCUACUCAAGCCAUUACAGACCAACUUGAAUGUGCCCUAAGAAUGUACAGUUGAAAUAGUGCUUUUUAAAAUGGGCUACUCUUUGGAACAGGGUUGCUUUUGGUUUUUUGGGGUUGGGGUGAUUACCCCUUAGACUGAGAUGCCUUAAGCACAUUCAUGUGCUAAUAAAAGCCAAAUGUUGCUGGCAAAUCAUUUUUAUUAUCUUUAACAAAAAAAAAAAAAUUCAAGCCUAACCAAUUUGGCUGUAAUCAAGGCUAGAGUGCUUAAGAGAGCCUCAUAAAAUGAUACAUGCUCCAAUCUGACACCACCUAAUUUAAAGAAUGAAUGAAAGUCUCAUAGCUUAAUCGAUGAAGGAUGAGUGUUGGUGU